AUGUCUGAACGAAAAGUCCUCACCAAAUACUACCCCCCCGACUUCGACCCUUCCAAAAUCACCCGCCAGCGCGGCCCUAAGAAUGCGGGACCCAAGCUCAUGACCGUCCGCCUUAUGGCGCCCUUUUCCAUGAAAUGCACGCACUGUGGCGAGUUCAUCUACAAGGGGCGCAAAUUCAACGCUCGCAAAGAAACUACCGAUCAAAAGUACUACAACAUCGCCAUCUUCCGCUUCUAUAUCCGCUGCACCCGUUGCUCUGGCGAAAUCACCUUCAAAACCGACCCCAAGAACAUGGACUACGAAUGCGAGCGCGGCGCAAAGCGCAACUUUGAGCCUUGGAGAGAAGCCAAGCUCAGUGAGGAAACUGAGGAGGAGCGCUUAGAUCGCCUUGAGAAAGAAGAGGCAGAGCGCGACGCCAUGAAGGAGCUCGAGACCAAAGUAGUUGACGCCAAGACCGAAAUGGCCAUUGCCGAUGCUCUUGAUGAGAUCCGCUCAAGGAACGCGCGCCUCGAGAAAGCAGAGAGCCUGGGUACUCGACCCGAUGUCCAGCCUGAUGCUGCCGAUGAGCGCAGGAAGAAACAAGACGAAGAGGACGCGGAAGCAGCACGGCAGGCUUUUGCUAGUCGGAGCAUGCCAGAUAUUGGUGAGGAAGCUAUCGACGAGGAUAUGAUGGAUGUCCCAAUAGAUGUGCCUGUUGUCGCAUCCUUCAGCAAGAAGCCAAAAGAAAAGAAGGAUUUCAGCGCCGCGCUCGGCAUCAAGAAGAAGACUCAGGCACCAGCUCCUACCCCGGCCCCUCAACCUCAAGUUAAAUCAGUCCUGCCACCAUCGAAGCUGUCUACCAUGCUUGUCCCCGGCUAUGACAGCGAUAGUGACUGA